AUGACCAACGAUGGACGCACCUAUUCGAGUCUCAACGAGACGAACUACGCCGAAUGGUGUAUGUUCACCGAGGCGAACCUGACCCGCAAGGGCCCAUGGGAAUACGCCAACGGCGACGAGCCCAUACCGAUAGAUAGCGCGAACUCGAAGGCCGUCCACCAGACCGAAGGCUUCGCCUCCUGCCUCGCUCUGCGCCGGCACUUCUGGGGGAUGACGAAGAAACCCGACCAGAUCAUCGCCAACUGGAUCGCCGACGUCCGCUCCAUCGCCUUCCGCCUCGAGGAAGCCAGAGCCAAUGUUGACGAUGAAGACAUCAUCCUGGUCCUCACCAUGGGUCUCCCUGCCUCCUACCAGUCCUUCAUUUGCUCCCUCGACGCCACCGACGCUUCCCACCUUACCCUCUCGUACGUCAUCGACCAUCUCCUCAACGAGGAAACCCGCCAGACC